UUUCCAGACAUCAAAUUCCACAGUUGAUUUAACACUGUCUUAUUAGUUGAUGUAAGGCUGUGGUUAGAGUUUCUCUGGCGUCAUAUACGGGAAAUAUGCAGGGUUUUUACAAUAACAUUCUGUAUUUCUUUCACGUUGUGUUUACAAAUUUGAGAUUCAGUCUCCAUCACAAACCAGACUGAAGGAUGGACACUCGGAGUAAACAUAGCAAAAGAUAAUAUAUUAAAAAUUAUUGCACUUGUUGUACAAGUAAGAAACAUUAUGUCCUGCCAUAAGUUUGAGAGAAUAACUAAUGAAAUUAAGAAAAAUAGAAUGAAAUUGUAUUGCAGACAUUUAAGCAAAAAUGAGGGGAUGUUGUCGGUAGAGAAGCGAGCUUUCGAUAGUCUCUUUGAGUUGACAAAUUCAGCAUCAUCACCCUUCAAUUGUUGCCGGAGAGUACAAGUAACUUAAUUUAAAUCCAAUUGCUGACAUUAGAUUAUUCAGAUUACAAGCGGGUCAUGAAUUUUUACUAAAUCUAACUAGCUUAACUUAACCUAGUUUAUGCAGAAUGUCAUCUCACAAACUUGUCAUUUUAAAAGUUUAUCAAUUUUAUAAAUGGCUGCCAAUUUUUCCUCGUACAAGUUCAAGCUAUUUCAAAGCCACGUUGUUGCAUUACACGGCACGAAAGGCAAGCUAGUAUAUUUAUGGAAUAAUUAUGCAACGUAGCCUGAAUGAUUUAAUUCACCUUUAACAGUCAGAGCACAGAUUCAGCUCCAAAGAUUGUCUCGAUCUUUUGCAUUGUUCAUUUUUGAGUAAAUAAAUCUUGUUUUGAUAGUUUGCUGUCAAUUGCCACUUACAGAUCGCCAGAGACGUUGGAAUCAUUUCAAAGUUAAAGAAUUUUGGUAAGAAGGUUCACUUUGUCUCAGAAAAGAGACACUUAAUCUCUUCGAAAUGAUCUAGGAAAAAUUGCAUUUUUUAACCUUUUCGGGCAUAUGUCCCUGUUCUCCCCCUAUACUCCUCCUGUUCACUCCCUGUUGCCGCCUUUUGGCCCCCUAUUGCCCCCUGUUCUUUCCCUGUUCUCUCCUUUUUCUCCCGACUCUUACAUGACGAGCAGCAACACAAGUUUUAGGCCAUCCAAUCCCACAUUGCAUCUUGGACGUCAGACCAGAGGCCUACCCCCAGAGGCCUACCUGCCCCAAAAAAUACUUAGAAAAAACCUCUUAUUAUAGAGGUUCCUUAUGCAAGACUUUUGAAAAUUGCUACCUUUCUAGGGUAAAAUGCCCCUUCCAACUAGUAAAGUGCCCCUUGCGACAUCACUGCAUUGCAUUAAACAUUCAUCGGACAAUCACAUUAGAGCGUAUGCUGUAAGAGAUUCGAAACAAAGGAAAGAGAUAAAAGGAAGCAGAACAAAAUAACACAAAAUCAGGGGCUUAGAAUAUGUUUCCACUUCUGGACAGUACCCUCAAGCUUUGAAAACUAAAAAACAAGUGGGAAUUCGGGUAAGAAAUUUAAGUGAGUGUGUUCUGACAAAAAGCUUGGUCUAAGCCAAUGAAAACAUAGAACAGCAGAAUGAUAUGUCAGCAUUUCAUCAGCAGUUUAAACGAUCGUGCAUCGAUCUACAUUGACUAUGCAUGAACUAAUGAGGUAUUCACCCUCUUUUGACAUGAACACACUGCCUUAAACCAUUACACAAUAGCUAUAAUUAACCAAAUUGAAGAAUAAUGGCCAAUAUAUGGAAAUUAUGAAGUGUUGAUUCUACAUAUUGUUACGUCAUUUUAAGCUGUGGAGACACCCUAAUUAAUAUUCCACUUCAUGUUUGUUAUACAAAGUCUGCCCCUUUGGUCUUGUUCUAUUUGACCAACCUAAGCAGCUUAACAGCCAAAAUUAAUUCUCAAUAGAGCAGCCUUGGAUAAGAAACCGCUAAGGCUAUUAGCAGGAGCGAUUUAUUAAAAACAAUACAGAUUCUUUUUAAAAGUCGCAAGAGGAAAGCUUUUGAAUACACGAUUACGAUAAACUAUGUUUAUGAAAUAUCUUCCAAAGAAUACUGCCUUGCAUUGGCACGCACAGGAAGGAAAUUCAAAUGGAGACAAGGUAUGGUAUGCGAGGCCACUUGAAUGCACCAAGUUGCAAAGUUUAUAAACUCUUUUAAAGCAAGGAAGCUUUUAGGCAUCAUAUUGUCGCUUGACGGACGUUGCAGGAAUAAGGAAGGACCGUUUGCAAGGUGUGGUUGUGGUGUGCUUGUGACAAUAAAUUAAUGGAAUGAUUGUACAAAAGUAAUCAUUUUGGCUUUCCAAAACACCGCUUUCUCAUGAAUCAGGCUUGAGCUUUGAGCUCUGCAGAUAAUCGUUGUCGGGAACACGAUACCAUGUUUGACAUUUCACUUUCGAUGACGUCAGAUCGAGAAGGCCCCUCGUAGGCAAGGGCUAUUCGACAUCAGUUUGUUUGUGGUUCUUUGAAUAAUAGGGAAGUGUGUUAAUCCAGCUUGCUUUUCAAACAUAUUCAUGUAAUUGGCCAUUUUGCAGUUAAUUGGUCAUUAGUGCAGCCUGUUCUAUGCAAAACAGUAGCAGAGAGAGUCUGUUCAUUGUAACCGGUUGAAUUGGACCGUCGAGGGCUUACUGUGUUUUGAAAUCCUACGCGUUUCGAUGUUGCAAGUAUGAGCACCUCUUUGUUACGACUGAAUGCAAAUUUACGCUUCUUAUCCUGAGAAUUAUCUGGUCUACAACAGGUUUACGGAUCUCUAUGCUCUGAAUCGGAAAAAGGUUUUCUACGUAUGUCGUCUGGAAGAAAUUCAACAAAUCAACUACUUCUGGCACCCGAAUAAAGGAAACACCCGGAGGAAAUUGGAAACCUGGAUCAAUUGCUGAAGUAAAGCUUGUGGUAUUGCAAUACACAAUAUAAAAUCGAGAUCAUCUUUGGUUAAUCUUUAACUGGAUUCCGCGGAAACAGAAAAUUUGAUGCUUUGUAAAAAGCAUCUUGUUUAUAGCAACAGCAGUUUGGAUGUGUAAGACGGUGGCAAAUGAGAGAAGUCGCUUUCAACAUUGACAGACCAAACACGAAAGAAUCAAUAUGGAUGAAAGGAAACCCACGUCACCAUUAGGGGUAGAAUGCGUAAGGAUCAGGCAAUUUGACCUUUCUCAACAGCGGCAAUGCAGUGUUCCAAGAAGAAAGCUCACGUUCCAGGAAAACAGCCCCCAAAAACAGGAAGAAAUUAAUCGAAUGAAUGAAGCUAGGAGGCAACGUACUGGAAAUGGAAUAAUGGCGUUAGAAACCACGGAACAUGUUUACCCAAGGACGUUGGAAGUUACUAGAUCACCAAAGCAAUCUCGGUUGCUUGGUUACCAGCGAGAGGAUCCACGACCCUUGAAGUACCAGCAUCCGUUGGCCUACGAAAUACCAAAAAAAGAUGAUCGCGAAGCUGGUUUCUCAUACAAAUACAAACAGCCCGUUCAUGAUGGACUCAGUCGGUAUCAUGACCAACAUAGUCAGUGUUCUGUGUCUUUCGAAAACGCCGAAGGCAGGGACAAGUGCAGCACGGAUUACAAUUGGGAUCAAGUCCAACCAUGUAAUCAUAUCUACAAUCAACGAAGAGUGAACCAAGCUCCUAAUCUAGAUUCAGAUUUUUUAAAUCUAUUGAAAUCCAAACAUUCAUGCUCACGGAGACCAGUGAGAAAUGGGGAUCAUUUUUACAACGAAAUGACAGACCUGAAACACGGUGUUUGGCAGACUCAUGGAACACAGACAAGGAGUUUCAGAGAGGUGGAUAUUACCCCUGCAAAAUGGCAAAGCAAUUCGAGAAGCUUUUUCAACACACAGCAAACUGACGAUACACUUAACAAUGGGCUUUCCAUGUUUGAGAUAGAUGAAAAAAUGGACAUGCAAAGAAAAGAAUACAGUCAUGGAACAGAGACAACACGGGAGCAAGGUCAUUACCAUGGCAACUUCUCAAAAGAUGAAAAGCAUCAUUGUUAUGAAAGAAUCGUUUCAGAAAAUCAGAAUUUUAGGAAUGUUUUGAGGGAAUCGCCGAAUAUGCAGGGAAUCAUAGAAGCUGGAAAAAUAUAUGCAUCGCCAUCAAAGGUUUUUUCGGAUGAUAACAGUCAGGUGAAUAAUGAAAAUUCCAGCACGGGCAACCUAGAGGGUCACUAUAGGAGAAACAAUACACCUAUUAGGCAGUGCAUUGUACGAGAGUUAGAUUCAGAUCAAAUUAAAAGAAAUCACACACAAAGAGGAGAUAAUAAACGUUCUGUUGUUCAGUUUGUACUGACAGGCAGUGGGCCAAAUAAAGAUAAGGAGGCCGACAAUAUUAUAACAUUAAUCGACGAGAGCUUUACAGAUUAUUACGCAGAUAAAGGAGGGAAUAAUAAGUUUAUGAGAAAGGGGUUUCAGGAUGAAGGGGCGAUUAAGAGUGUUAAUCGUUGCGUCGGUGAUGAGAUAGAGAAACAAUCGAGGCUCUUAUCAAUAGAAGACAAAGGUGAAGUAACAGGGGCAACUCCACUGACCAGUGCUGAGGCAGAGAGUGAAAACAAACAAGAAUUCGUAGGCUCCUUGAAGGGAAAGACCGGUGUUUCUCAUCACGAAGAUUCGAGCAGCAGUUAUAUACAAAAGUCAUUGUCUCCUGGAAUCAAUGCUAACUCAAACAGUCCACAGGCUAGUGGAGGUGGUCACUCGUUCGAGCAGAUUAAAAAACAACUCUUUUUUGAGGCACGAAUCAAGGAUGAAACCACUAUUGAUAGCAAAACAAAGUUGGAUCUGCAAAGUCUGUCUUUAACAAGGACCAUCUUCCCGGAGCGUGGAGUAUAUCAAGGUAAAGACGCACAUUGUGAAACGCAAUAUGGCGACGCUAUAUUUAUCGUCAAUAAAUCGUUUGGUCAGGUAGUCUGCAACACUGAUAAGUGCCCAGAAGAAGAUGCUGUUUUGAAAACACCGAAAAGUCAACAGCGAUUGAAAAGAGACAAUAAAUCGCCCUUUAUACGAACUGUAUAUCAAGAUUGCGGGCAACGUUCGGUUUCAGGUGAGGACGCAAACAGUUGCACAUCUGGAAGGCCAGUCUCUCCCUUUAGCGAUACAAUCAUAACAGCAGUUGCGAGAUGCAAUUUCGAUCGCAAGCGUAAUGAGUACAUGCGACUGAGGAGACGCGAUAGGCGACUGCGUUACUUGUCAGAACCUGGGAAAUUUUGUAAUUCAACUAAAUCGAGUAUGAGCAGUAGUAACUCGUCUUGUGGAAGUUCUAACAGUGAAAAGGAUUCAUUGAGUAAGUUAACGGAAAAGGAGGAUCCAACAAGCUUAAAACUGACCGAGAAAGCAUUAAAAGCUCACACGAUGGCAUUGAAAGCGAACUCACCGAACAUACGAAGGCGACCAACUCUUGACCAGUUUUUCGGAAAGAUUGAGGAACAUAUUUUGCAGGACAAUGCCUCUGAUACAUCGGAAUUUUCCACCAAUUCUGAUUCAGUUUUGAUGAUCCAAAAAGCAAAUAAAUUCAAUUUGACUCCUGUGAGCGGCUUAAUGAAAGAUGGAGCAAAGUUUUCAUCUGCAUCGUCACGAGCUAAACGCUUGAAGGCCUGGAAAUCGAGACACGAAAGACCCCACAAAAAUUCUCGACCCUCCGCUUCAGAACUUUUAUCUAUAAAAACAACGGAGGCGUGUGAGGAUACGGAACGUUUUCGUGUUGCUGGCGUGAAGGAGGUUUCAUCAGAUGGAGAGUCAGGGGGCUCUAGCCUUGACUGCAGUGAUUCAUUGCAAAAUGCUGAGAUUAUAAACACAGAUGGUGGCAACGUUUAUUCAGAAAACAAGGAAAGCUCUUACAUGUCUAAUGCACCAAGCCCGUGCAGUCGCACGAAAACUGUUAGAAUAAAAUCAGAUAUAGAAAGUUCGUGUUCAAAUAGUUCGCUGGACAAGGUGAAAAAUGGAAGGGUUGGCGAUUUUCCUGCAGAAAGAAUUCCUCUAUAUGAUGUUGACGUCAAUGGAAACUUUGAAGAAAUAAAUCAGGAUAUUUACCACGAUACAAAGUCUUUGGCUCAGAGGAUAGCUUUGAAGAAGUGUUUGUGGAACCUGAACUUCUAUCUUGUUCACCUUUAA